UCAAAACUUGAAGCUUUGAUAGAAAAAAAAGAAUCGCUUGAAACUGACAAGUAAGAGAACUUGGCCAAGACAUACAAUAAUUUAUCUUUUACUGUCAAACGUCAAACAAAACCCUUUAACUCAGUACGUUUUCCCCCCGCUAGAUCAACGUUUGAACUAUAUAUUGCUGAGUUACAUCAACAUCGUGUAAAAUUGGAAGAACGCCGAAUACAGAGUGAAGAAGCGUCAAGCACUGCAAGUAAGAAUACAGUUUGGUCGAACAGUAUUCAUGCAUGCAGUAUUUUGCCAGUGUCCACCUUUGGUUUCAUUUGGUGAAAAGUCCUCCAAUUAAUAUGUUAAGGACGAUUUUUGUUUAAAGAGCUGUUAUGUCCGCUACCACUACUUCUCACUGGCUUAGUAUACGCAUCUGAUUGGUUAAUCGAAUAUACAAAGGCGUCUGAUUGGCUAAUAGUCCCUUAAUGGUAGAUUGGUAGUAGAAGUCAAAUGUGAACUUCAAAUCAAAUCUGAACCUAUUAUUCUGACUUAUGCUUCUUCCGUUUUUAAAGAACUUGAAUAUGAAGCAACAUCAGCAGAAAAAAUGAAAUUACAG